UCUCCGCCCCCCUAUUUAUUUUCGAAUUUUUUUUGGCCACUUUUUAUUUGAAACGACGACGUUUCGUCUUACUCCACCAAUCGUUUUGCGCCUUCCUUUUCUUUUUCCUUUUCUUUCCGCAGAUGCACGAUCGACCUCUGUGCUUCUUCUUUUCUUUUGCCUUUUCUUUUAAUACGCUCACCGCUGCUGCUUUUGACUCUUCUCUCUUCGGCCACCUCCUUCUUCUCUCCGCCAGGUGUAAUUGCUGACACCUAACCUGGCACAGCUUCCCAGCACAGCUGGCCCUUUUUUGUUCUGUAAAGCUCAAGGGCUAGGCCGUAGCCGGUGUCGCCAUUUGUUCGGUAAUUUAAUUAUUUUUCUGAUUUUAGUGGGCGCUGUGCGCUUCUCCGCCGGCGUAAUUCUGGACUCCGGCCACCUCCGCCGCCAGCCUUGCUGUCACGCGUUUGAAUAAUUCGUUGUUUGAUGCCCGUCUUCUUCUUCCUUUGCAGUGGAGGUAUAUCUCUCGUAGUUCUCUUUUUUUUUUUGGGUUUUCUAUUGUUUUUUUCUUAUUAUUUCUGUAAUAGUGUUGGACAUAAAGGUUACAGGAGGUGCUGCCUACUUCCGCCGCCGUAUACGGAUCCUAUACCGCUGAUUCCUGGAGAAGAGAUAAGCUUGAGAAUUUUUUUAAUUAAUUAUUUUUUUGACGAAAAUGGCGAAAAAUCACGAAACAGAGCACCCAGUUGGGGCAUUCGGGUGGGCUGCCAGAGAUACUUCCGGCGUCCUUUCUCCGUUCAACUUUUCUACAAGGUAUUAAUUAUUAUUGAAGGAUUUUAUUAUCUCAAUUGAAUAUUUUUUUUCAAAAACCUUCUCUAGAAUAAAAACUUUUUUUUAUUGAAGAAUUAUUUAAUUUUUGGGGAUGGUGGUGCAGGGCUACGGAAGAGUAUGAUGUGCAGUUCUCCUUUUUCUGUUUCUCCUACCCAGUUCAGUUUUCUUUCACAUUUUUCAUGCCUCCUCUCUCCUCAGUUUCGUCUCUCUGUGUAUUGCUAUAUUUUACUGGUACCAGCAUUUGUUUUUUUUGUUUUCCAAUUUUUAAGGUUGAUUCUUUUUACAAGAACCUAUUUGAUUAGUGGUUAUGUUUAUUCCACGGAUUUAUGGGUUCGUGAUUAUUUGAUCUGUACCAUGUGCUUCAAUCUUGGGUGGGAAAAUCCACUGUAGAUUAACUCUGUUUUCAUUUUUUCAAUUUUUUUUGUUUACUUAAUUCCUGAUAAAUUCGGAGUGGGUACUAAUUGAAGGAUUAAACUUUGAUAUAGGUAAUAAGAAAUGUUUUUAUUGAUUAAAUGUUAUGAUUUGUUCUUUGCUUUAUAUGUGGCAAAAAUUCAACCUUUACGCCAAAUAAUUUCUUGUUUCUGGAUAUUUUUUAAUCAAAAAGCUAUGGAUUUUCUAUGUGAUCUGUAUUUUGAAUCAUAUGCCAAUUUUAUUUAUUUUCGAUUUGUAACUGGUUUAUAUUUGGAUGUAGAAAUUAGGGUUUAGAAAGAAAAGAAAUGGAAGAGUAAUGGCACUAGCAGAAGCUAGGGCUGCUUGGCAGAGAACAGGCAACAGAUGCUUGGUCCAAGAAGAUGCUAAAAGAGCACCUAAAUUAGCUUACUGCUCAUCACUUCCCCCUCCUUGUUCUAAACCCUCCGAAACCGGACCCACAACUUCCCCUUCUCCCCAAGAUAUUCCUCCUCCCUCUGCUUCUUCUUAUCCCUUCGAUCGAAACUCUUCCUAUUAUAUAUAUAAUUCUAUGUGUCGGUGAGGUUACGACUGUUGAACGGUAGGGAAAUUCUGAGGAACGAUGUUUCGGAUUGGGAAUGCAUCAAUAACGAGACGAUUAUUUACAAAAAUUUUGCUCUCUCUUCCUCGGAGAGAUCAAUGUACCCCGCUUCGUUUACAUUUGUGUACGAACAGGGAGCUAAGGAUGUUGUGCUUUCGGUUAUUAGUGGAAUCAAUUCACGUGUUUUUGCGUAUGGACAGACGAGCAACGGAAAGACGUACACGAUGAUUGGAAUAACUGAAUACGCACUACCUGACAUAUAUGGAUACAUACAGAAGCACCAAGAAAGAGAUUUCGUGUUCAAAUUCUCUGCUAUGGAGAUCUACAACGAAUCGGUGAGAGAUCUACUCAGUGUAGAUAACACUCCACUAAGACUUCUCGAUGAUACAGAGAAAGGCACCGUAGUCGAGAUGCUGACAGAGGAGAUAUUAAGGGACUGGAGUCAUGUGAUUCAUCUCUUUUGUAUAUGUGAAGCUCAAAGACAAAUUGGAGAAACGUCCCUUAAUGAAAUGAGCUCGAGAUCCCACCAAAUUAUUAGAUUGACUAUUGAAAGCUGUUCUCGUGAAUUUUUAGGAAGGGACAAUGCGGGCACUCUUACAGCAGCUGUGAAUUUUGCUCAAUUUUCAAGCAAGUCGCCUGAUAUCUACUCCAAUUUUGUAUUCCAGGCCGCAGUUCCGAAGGCAAUUAAUAGCUUCAAGCAAUAGCACCGUGAAAGAAUGAGCCCUAAAAUGGGGAAAAUUGACAUUCAUUAUCAGGGUCAUCCAUGAUGCCUCCUUAAUGCAUCAUUCUAAACUUACAUUGCCAGCUCAUGGUGAUCUUACGAGGGAAAGAAUUUUUAAGUUCAUCAUUGAUAUUUCCUCAAAAGUGUUCUUCUAUUUGGUUUAUUGUUUUUAGUUUAUUGUUUGGUACAAAUUGCUAUAGAUGGAUGGUUCUUUUGACGCUAAUAUGUUGGAUUUUUUUUCAUUGGCGUGGUAAGGGCAGGGAGUUGAAGCUAUGGAGGGAGCACAUCUGCUUGGAUUGCAUUUGUGGGACCGACCGGGCACCUGACUGCCGCCAAUUCUUUGCCCCGUCUGGAUACGUAUGAGUUUCACUUUCACUUUUUGAGUGCCAAUUCUUCACAAACGAAUAAUUUAUGCAUGUUUAUUGGUUAUCUGUGGUCUACAGAGGUUUUAUAAUUUGUCCGUGUUUCUCUUUUCAUUAGUCAUAAGUUGCUGCUUGAGUUUAGUUUUUAUUUUUUUAGUUCAUUGGGAGUUUUAUUGAAGCUUUGGACUCAUAUACAAUUUUUCUUUGGAUGGUUAUAAUAUUAAACUUGUAUUAUUCAAUCAAACAGAGCGACUUUGUAUACAUGGGAGACACUCUUAAUUAUUCAUCCAUGUACAUUUUUAUAUUAAUACGCAGUUUGUAGGUGAUCCUCUCGUGGAAGAUAUCUGUAGAAUGCACAACGGUCUAGGCGGAUGAAAUAGGGUAUAUUUUGUAGUUGUGAGAACUUAUUAUGAGUUUUUUUAUGUUCUUAAAGUUGGAACGUUUAUGUUGGCUGAUUUUUCCAUUUUCAAAAAUUAUUUUAUGUGAAGAAAUAAAAUAAUAGAUUGAGCCACGAUGUUAACAAGUUUGUAGAGCCAACCGAUGCAUUCAGUGAUUUGUUCGACAACCUGAAUUGUGUGGAAAUAGCUAAUCAGGAAAACAGGGACUUCUUUCAAUGAUAGUUCCAGUCUCUCUCCAAGGUCAUGCACAAGUAAUUCACUAUAUUUCUAGCUGGUUAAUUUGGGAAGUUUUGGGGUUUUAGUGAAAUAAAGUGUUUUUUUGGGAGGUUUUGUUAUAAACCGCAAAUAGUAAUUUUCAAACCGCAAAAAGCAAUUCCCUAAUUAGAUUGUAGUGAAACAAAGGCCUCAACUUGUGGUCGACACUGUUGUUAUACGAAUAUUCUAUCCUUUACAUAUUUCUAGCUUGUAUAACAUCAGUUUUGUAUCAUUAGUAAAUAUAUUUUUUGAUCAUUUACCUUUUUACAUAUUAAUAUUAUCUCUUAUU